GAUUUUUAAUCUUGCAACGGCGAAAGUGGUCCUCAUCUACUGUAUCCUGCGCUACAUUAAGGCGACCGGUUGGCUGACUCCACCGUCACACUUCCUCUCUCACGUCACCACGCCCCUUCCUUCACAUCCAAUCCCGACAUGGAGCCCAUCAAGGUCCAAUCAGAAGGUGGACUGAAUGUGACCCUCACCAUCAGGCUGCUGAUGCACGGCAAGGAGGUCGGAAGCAUCAUAGGAAAGAAAGGAGAAACGGUGAAGAAAAUGCGUGAGGACAGCGGAGCCCGCAUCAACAUCUCAGAGGGGAAUUGCCCCGAGCGGAUAGUCACCAUCACCGGACCGACCGAUGCAAUUUUCAAGGCCUUCGCCAUGAUAGCCUACAAGUUCGAGGAGGAUAUAAUCAACUCUAUGAGCAACAGUCCGGCCACCAGUAAACCCCCCGUGACCCUGAGGCUGGUGGUGCCGGCCAGCCAGUGCGGCUCCCUCAUCGGCAAGGGAGGCUCCAAAAUCAAAGAAAUGAGAGAGUCCACAGGAGCUCAGGUGCAGGUGGCCGGUGACAUGCUGCCAAACUCCACGGAGAGAGCAGUGACGAUCUCAGGGGCCCCGGAGGCCAUCAUCCAGUGUGUCAAACAGAUAUGUGUGGUGAUGCUUGAGUCCCCACCGAAAGGUGCCACCAUCCCCUACCGUCCCAAGCCUGCCUCCACCCCUGUCAUUUUUUCAGGUGGCCAGGUAAGAGCAGACCCACUGGGGGCGUCCACUGCCAACCUCAGCCUCUUACUGCAGCACCAGCCACUGCCUGCUUAUACCAUUCAAGGACAGUACGCCAUCCCUCAUCCAGAUGUGACUCUGCUGUCCUCCUCCUCCCCCCCUCAGCAGUUGAGCAAGCUCCACCAGUUGGCUAUGCAGCAAACCCCCUUUAACCCCCUCGGACAGACCACCCCUGCCUUCCCCGCAGGUCUGGAUGCCAGUAACCAGGCCAGUACUCAUGAACUCACCAUUCCCAAUGAUCUAAUAGGCUGCAUAAUCGGGCGCCAGGGAACCAAAAUCAACGAGAUCCGUCAGAUGUCUGGGGCACAGAUCAAAAUUGCUAAUGCCAUGGAAGGGUCAUCGGAGCGCCAGAUCACCAUCACAGGGACCCCCGCCAACAUCAGCCUUGCCCAGUACCUCAUCAACGCAAGGUUCAGAGACGUGGCGGCCAUGUGGAACGACCCGACCUCCAUGACCACAUCCUGAGAUGGCUGACCGGCGCCUUCGUUUGGCCCUUUCCAAUGACGGACGACUUGCAGACAACCCUGAUGAAGCCCUUCGGACUCUGGCUCCGGCUCUCCGAAAACGCUGACCGCCUUCCCGCCCCGGUUCAAAAGUUGUUUAUAAAAGUCAGGGAGGGUUGGGCGAUCAUUUAUUGUUUCGGAGAGCCAAAUUAAAAACACACAAAAAAAAAAAAAAUAGUUACAAAAAAGGAUUUCUCUGUUAGCUUUUUUUUUUUAGACAACUGUUAAAGCAUGUUGAAUGUUUAUUAGGAACAACUUGUGUUCAGCUUUUUCUUCUUCUCUCUAUUUAUUGCUUUCUCUUUUCUCACUGUCAGUGCUGCGUCAUCAUGAAAAGUAUAAUCUUGUGAGAUUGCGCAUUUUUGUAGAACGUAGUUAUUUGCAUAUUACAGCCGCGCAGUGAUGCUAUCGGCAGAGUGUGUGGUGGGAUGUAGCCAAAGUAUCAAAUUUUGAGAAUAUAUUUUGAAAAGAAAAGAUUUUGGACCGUUCUCUUUUGUCCCAAUUUGCAUUUCUGUGUACUCGCGAAUCCAAUCUCUACCCACAACUCUUUGCUGCAUCACAUGACCUUUCCAAGCCAAUGGUAUCACUCCUGGAGCCUCCCUUCUCGGGUUCGUUUCCCAUAUUUGCAUUAUUGCAUGUGUUCAAUGUCGUGUCGUUGUGCGUUUCAGUAAACGUGUCCCUUCACAUGUUAGCAUUACACCUCCGUGCUCCCGCUCUUUUCCCAAAAACUUUUCUCAACAUUUUUGGCCAUACGCGUCUAGUCCUACUUCCUGACCGAACAAGAAACUUUCCGACAUAGCCUCCUUCUAUCGACACCGAUUUUUAGUAUUUAGAUGCAUGAAUGGCAAUUAGUGAAAAAUCAGUGGCUAAAAAAAACACCAACUGAAGUUAAAAUGAUUGUUUACUAACUUAUUAUUAUACUGUAUCGGUUUUUGUACGAGGACCUUUGUGAUUUAGCACAUCGGUCGACUACGCGGCGCUCAUGCAAUAGACUACUCAACACUUUACUCCGGACCGCCUCCGGCGCGGGAGGGGAUUGGUUGGACUUAAAAAGCCGAGAGUUGCGGCGUCCAAACCGCUCGGCUUCCUUCCCUCGCGGCGGAGACAUUUCGGAAGGUCCUUCUGAGAGGGAACGAAGCCGACUCGUCGUCGUUUGGGUGGAGCCGAAAUGGCGUCUCUUUGGGCCAUGGAAUGU